CCGGAGCAUAUUUUUUGUAGUACAAAUUUAAAUGUUAGUACAAAAUGAAGCGAUAUAUCAGACUAGUCCCGUUUUUAACUCUAUUAUUAUUUAAUGACACUUUUGCUCAUGAUCACUCAAAAAAUCGCCAACACUUGGGAAAAAUCAACCGCUCACAUUUUGAAAAAAGAGACCAAACUUCAGAAACCGAACCCAGUCUCACGAUUACCAUCACAGCAAGUAUUUUUCUUGCUCUAAACGAAUCUUCAGAAUCUGCAGCUGUCUUCGAUUUCAAAUCGAACAUCAGUGCUGUUAUUAAUUCCGACUCUGUGAUACUUAUUAACUACGAAAACGGAUCAGGAGUUUAUCUUUCCCAAAGUUUGUUUAACAGUCGCGACAAUUUCGAACAAUUUUUUCGAAAUUUGAAUUGUUUAAAACAGCUUUAUCAAAAUGGUGAACGAAACGGAGUUCCAUUUAAUGUUACUUCAGCCAGUUCAGACGUUUCUAAACGAGUUUCGCAAAUAUUAAAUUCCUUGGGUGAGCAUUCAUCGCCAUCUGAAGCUCCCGAAAACUACCAAAAGCUCUCCCAAUCCGUGUCGGACAUUUUCCAGAAUUCCCUCAGCGGUUUUGUUAAAAUUAUAAGCGACACAAGUGCAAACUACAGAGGGGAUUUAAACCCACUUGUUGCCAUUUUUCAAGGAUUACAGAGCUUCUUCAGUGGCCUUUUAGAUUUAUCAAAUCGAAAUUUUAAACUAGAUUUGUCGAAACUUCUAAACCAGCCUUCAGGUCUUCACGUUUUAAAUAAUCUCCUAGAACAGGUAGCUUCUCACAUCAAUGUUGGGCAACUCCUCGGUGAUCGUUUAAACUCCCCAGAAAACCUUUUCCCUCUAUUGAACCUUCUCGGGGGUAACAGUACCGAAGGUUUGAAUGGUUUUAUCCACGUCAUUUAUGAAGUCAUAAACUUGAACCAGAAUCAUAGCAAUGUUCAACAACUCGUCUCCAGUUUGCUUGAAUAUUCGGGGAAUUCCAGUAACGGCAAUCAGGGUCAACAGUUCUUGUCAGCUCUCCAAAAUCUCCAAAACACGAUCCAGAAACUCAAUUUGGGCAAUUCUUUCCAGUUUUUGUCACAUCUUGCACAAAAUACCAAUAGUAGUGACAGUAGUAACAUUUCCCGUAUUGUUUCAACUCUUCUUCACUUCGAUCCCCAAAACCCCAUAAAUCCAAUUGUAGCUAUUUUACUUUCAAUGCGACAAAGAGUGUCUCCUGAAGAAUCCAUUCCUGAACUCUUCGAACAGUUAAUCUCGCGAUUAAACUCAACAAAUGGUCGUCAUUGCAUCUCUAACAUUUUCCCAAAUCUCAACAUCACAAAUGGUUCUGACGGGAUUGAAAAUUUAAUUCUUGUUGGGUUUCAUAUUCGAAAUUUUAUUCUCCAAGGAAUUGAAAAUUUUUGGACUAACAUGGCUGAUUUUUGGUCACACAUUCCGAUCAUUGGCAGGUUUUAUGAAGCUAUAGAUCGGGCUUUAGCACUGUUUACGAAAGGAGCAGUUCAGUUGAACAAACUUUUCGAAUCACAAGUUGCUAGACCUAGAAUUGAACGUAUUUUGGGUUUUUUGAGAGGAAUAGCAAAUAGGGAAGAGAAUUCAAGCGAAAGUGGAAGUCAAGGCGUUUUGGGGAAUUUUAUUAAACCGAUUCUUAAUCAAGAUAAACAUAAAAAUGGCCAUAAAGAACGGCACCAUUUUAAAGAUAGUAGCAAACACAAGCAAAUGAAAGAUAAACAUCGUUUGGAGAAGCAAAAACAUUGAUUUAAAAAUUAAGAAAAUAAAUAAAUUCAAAAAUGGUGAUUUA